AUGGGUGAAUCCAGACAAGAACUCCUGCAAUGGCUCAACAGCCUCUGCCAGCUCAACCUCACCCGUGUCGAGCAAUGCGGUACUGGUGCGCCCUUCUGCGCAAUCUACGACAGUAUCUUCCUCGACUUGCCCAUGUCCCGUGUCAAGUUUAACGCAACCGCCGAUUAUGCCUACCUCGACAACUUCAAGAUUCUCAGCAAUGCCUUCCGCAAGCACCACAUCGACCGUCCCAUUCCCGUCGAGAUGCUAGUCAAAUGCAAGAUGCAGGACAACCUGGAGUUCCUGCAAUGGACAAAGCGCUUCUGGGACCAGCACUACCCUGGUGGUGACUAUGAUGCUCUUGCUCGCAGAAAAGGACAAGCUGUUGGCUCAGCUCCUGCACCCACACCCAGAGCAUCUACUACAAGGCGCGCACCCGCAGUCGCUGCAACCUCUGGCGCCAGAACACGCACUCCUCUGGGAGGUGCAGGAAGUGCUCAGACCGCCGCUUUGACACAGGAGAACAACGCACUUAAGGAGACUGUUCAGGGUCUGGAACGCGAGCGCGACUUCUACUUCAGCAAGCUCCGGGAUAUCGAACUGCUCGUCCAGGGUGCUAUGGAGGCCGAGCCCGAGCUUGAGAAGGAUGAGGGUGGUCUUCUGAAGCAAAUACAGACUAUUCUCUACUCGACUGAGGAGGGCUUUGAGAUCCCUGCCGAGGCCGAGGAUGAGGAGGGCGAGUUGAUCGAGGAGGAGACUUUCUAA